CAGAUAAAGAAGAAGGGCCAAAUUUCACAAGUCAGCUGUUUCCAGUCGGUAUAUUUUUGUUAACGUACCAGUUUCGCCCAACAACAAAAUAAACGAGAAGGUCAAGUCAUGGAGUUUGCAGAACUGAUAAAGACACCCAGGGUGGAUGGGGUUGUCCUUCACCGCCCUUUUAUGCCGACUGUUGAGGGGACCCUGUGCUUGACUGGUCACCACCUUAUCCUCUCCUCUAGACAGGACAACACAGAGGAGCUGUGGCUGCUUCAUUCAAACAUCGACUCUAUAGAGAAACGAUUUGUGGGAUCUUUAGGAAGCAUUAUUGUCAAAUGCAAAGACCUGAGGGUAAUCCAGCUUGACAUCCCUGGUAUGGAGGAGUGUCUCAACAUUGCCAGCUCUGUUGAGGCUCUGUCCACACUUGAUUCUGUGUCCUUGAUGUACCCUUUCUUUUACCGGCCCAUGUUUGAAGUCAUAGAAGAUGGCUGGCAUUCUUUCCUACCAGAGGAUACCUUUAAAGAUUUGGAAUCCAUGACUGAUGAGUGGAGACUGAGUGAAGUCAACAAGGACUUCAGCGUGUGUCCAUCAUACCCCCCUCUAGUGGCUGUGCCCAAAGAUAUUGAUGACAACACAUUGAGGAAAGUAGCUACCUUCCGUCACGGUGGCCGUUUUCCAGUACUUAGCUACUAUCACAAAAAGAAUGGCAUGGUGAUGAUGCGAGCAGGACAGCCUCUGACUGGCACGAACGGGCGACGAUGUAAGGAAGAUGAGAAACUGAUCAAUGUCACCCUGCGGCUGGGCAAACGUGGUUAUAUCAUUGACACACGUACUAUCAGUGUUGCCCAGCACGCCAAAGCUCGAGGUGGAGGAUUUGAGACUGAGGCUAACUACCCGCAGUGGAGGAGGAUCCACAAGGCCAUUGAAAGGUUUAAUGUCCUCCAGGAAAGCUUGAUUAAGCUGGUCGAAGCGUGUAACGACCAGUCCCACAACAUGGAUCGCUGGUUAAGCAAGCUAGAAGCUUCUAGCUGGCAAACCCAUGUCAAGGAGAUCCUCACCACUGCUUGUCUGGCUGCCCAGUGUAUUGACAGGGAGGGAGCUUCAGUACUCGUUCAUGGUACAGAAGGGACCGACUCUACCCUGCAGGUGACCUCUUUGGCUCAGAUCAUCCUUGAUCCGGCCUGCAGGACCAUCAGAGGUUUCCAGGGCUUGGUGGAGCGAGAAUGGCUUCAGGCAGGUCACCCAUUCCAGCAACGCUGCGCCCAGUCAGCUUACUCUAACAGCAAGCCUCGACAAGAGGCUCCUGUAUUUCUGCUCUUCUUGGACUGUGUGUGGCAGAUCCUUCGUCAGUUUCCAUGCUCGUUUGAAUUCACCGAGAGCUUCCUGGUGCUGCUCUUUGAACAUGCCUAUGCUUCUCAGUUUGCUACUUUCCUGGGCAACAGUGCAGCUGAGAGAGCCAAACUAUCUCUGACUGAGAAGACUGUCUCCCUUUGGUCAUGGGUGAAUCGGCCCCAGGAGUUGGAACGCUUGACCAACCCCCUCUAUGAACCCAACAGCCUUGUGAUCUGGCCCUCCGUGGCCCCUCAGAGUUUGCUGCUAUGGGAAGGAGUGUUCCUUCGUUGGAACCGCUCCUCUAAGUGGUUGGAUGACGCCUACGAGGAAAUGGUACAUAUCAUUGAAUACAACAAGGAACUUCAGAACAAAGUGAACAGCCUGCGCAGGCAGCUCGCUCAGCUGGAAACUGACGAUCCUCUGCUGCAAACACCAUAGAGUGGGAGGGGGAGGUAUUUGUGAAAAUAUAGCAAAAUAUAAAGACAGAUCAGUGUCUGCCCACUUUUAAUUUUCAGCCAUUUGAGGACAAAAACAGUUGUAAAUUUAGCUUUCUACACAAAUGAAGUGGCAGAUGCGAGGUCACACUUCAGUCAGCAUACAUGACUGAAACAGUGCCCUGAUGCUACACACAUGAAGAACAAAAACCUAGCUAGAUGUACAAUUUUAUGUCGUUUAAACUAAGCACGGCUGAGAUGGAAAAGUAACAGAAACCAAAUUCUUCUAAAGCCAAGCCCGUUCAUUUCCUUAAAUUAUGCCAUAACUGCUCAGUUGAUUUCACACUUGCAAAAACUCGUCAGGCCCCCUGGUCUCACACUAUCUGAUUUCUUAACAGUCAUGUAAAUGAGAAACCUGGUUUUGUCUCUAUGAGGAUUGUGUUCACCGCAGUGGGCUCCAGCAAACAAUGCAACCCUGUGUGGCAAAAAACCGAAUCUGGUUCAACCUUUUCUAUGGCUCAUGGGGACAUCAUCCAGUAAAAGCACCCCAUUAUGUAGCGGGUGGUCUGAAUGUAGACGCCCACGGGAGGAAGACUUUGUUGGCAUGAGCCUUUACUGCUGUUCACUCUUGAAUUUGGGCCACAUUUACAAACGCACCAUAAUGACACAUGAGUUUUCAUUAGUUAGGGUAUUGGAUGUUAAACAGUGUUUGUUUUUUGUUUUAAAUCAGUGCAGAUGCUGGUGAUAGUGUAAGCUACAUUAGUAGCAUGCACAUUAGCAAAAACAACAGAAACUUGCUGGAAAAAAAGUUGAAUGAAACCACUCACAUCAGUUCAGCAGAAGGUGGCCAGUCAUCCAAUAAUUAAAAAGUCACUUUGAACGGCAAGAAAUGAAAAAAACUGGAAUAUACUUUAUUAGUAAUUGGAAUUUUUAUUAAAGGUAUCAAAUAUGUAGACGUACUGUAUAAGGAAUUAUUAAAAAGGAAAAUUGCUCCACAUGGAAAACUUUGUUUCAUAUCCAGUGGAAAGAAACAGUAAAGUUAGAGAAAUGCAAUUUAAAAUUCUGCACAGUAUUUAUUACAUGUCACGAUUUGAAAAUAUCAGUAAGCUUUGCCGUUUUUGUAAAGUUGAAGAGGACUCAAUGCAACAUUUUAUUUUAUGAGUGCUCUUACUCCAAAGCAUUGUGGGCCAAGCUGGAGGCUACUCAUAGUAAUUAGACAAAUAAUAUGGAUGCCAAAAAGGUUAUCUUAUGCUAUAACAACCACAAAAUACAAUGACUUAUUAACUUAAUCCUUUUAUUGGGGAAAUUUCAUAUCCACAAGUCUAAAUUUGCCAGGAAUCUCUCAUGUUUUGAAUUAUUUGUCAUUGAAUUACGAAACUACAUUGAAUAUAUCAAACUUAUAAAUGAUAAGAAAUGCCAACAAGCCUUUAGUUUAAUUCAGCAGCUUAUCUAAAUAACCAUGACCUCAUUGCCUUUACACCUUUGUCAAGGUAUCAUUAAUGUGUAGUGUAUAAUGUUUGUUUUUAAUUAACUUUAUUUUUAUGUCUGUUUCAGUUGAAUUAGUUAUCUACUUUCUGUUUGUUUGUUUUUUUUUCUCUAGUUUACUGUCAUUUGGGUAUGAAAUUGGUAUGCUGUUGUUAAAAAAACAAAACGCUUCCUGCAACUUCUCGCCCCAAACCCCCCCCACGCAGCCUCGUGCACAAACACACAGUAGCGUUUUACUGCACUCAGUCUGAACGCCUGCUAAGCACCUACUGUACUGUACAAUGAAAGGCAUAUUUCAUAUGAGUUUACACAAAUUAGGUACACAAUAGAAUUUUUUAAUACAGCCUCAUUAAAUGGUAUCGCUCAUCAGCUUGCGCUGAAAUGUUUGGUUGCCACAUUCUCAGUAGUAGAAGUAGAAAGAUGGUACUUAGGGUCUUGUCAUGUCAUGGCAGCAAGAUCCUGAUUAUCAGGGAGUUCUGGAAUAGAUCACAUAGCUCAGUGGGAGAUUCAGCUUUGAAGAGCAAUUUAUGUUUUGGUUACCAGAGUUCAAUAUCAUUUUCAAGUACAUCAUUAAUCAAAAUGCAUGUCUGUUUUGUAGUUUAACAUUCAAAACUACUGCACUUUGUUUGAAAGACGCUUCAGUUCAUUUUGUGUAUAUUAAUCAAUUGUACUAUACUUCAAUAUCAGAAACCUACUCUUUCAAAAUCCCUUUUUUUUUACAUUUUUUUUUUGCUGAGUGAGCGG